AUGCCUCUCUACGAAGUCGCCCACGCAACUCCUUUGAGUCAACCUCAGCAAGACGCCCUCGCCGAAGCAAUCACCGAACUCCAUAGCAAAAGAUUCACCGUCCCGCGCAUGUUCAUCAAUGUCAUCUUCGUAGACACCUCAAACACGCCGACAUACGUUGGCGGCAAACGGGCUUGCCGCACUCGCAAGGGCUCGCGCACUCGAGAUGAUUUCAAUGCCCUCUGCGGGGACAUCCGCACUGCGUGGGCACGCAUAGUUCAUCCAGACGUCGCAGAUGGAAAGUUGCCGCCACAAGAGCUUGAGCUGAGAGCCGUCUUCAUCACGGGGGAGCUCAUUGCGGGUAUGAAGGCCAGUUUCAUGACCCCGGCCGUUGGAGAGGAACUUGCGUGGGCCAAAGAGAACUACCACGCAUUCGAAGAGAGGGCGCAUGCGGGAGACGAGGAUUUUGUGGAAUUGGUUGCUGAGCUCCGGACGUGGCCUGGGUUUGAUGUUGCGCGCUGA